AUGAAAUCUCUGAAUAAUACUUAUGGUUUGUGUUUUAUAGUCCGUAAUAGUGUGACUAUACAUGAAAUUUUGCAAGAAAUAAAUUUUGGAGGGCCUAAUGACGACGAUUCAGAUGAAACUACAGAAACGGUUACGACCCCACCAAAUUCGCCAAGAACCCGCAAGGUAAGUGACCUAAGUCCUGCACCAAAGGUAAAAGAUCAA